AUGGACAUUGAAAUGGAAGACAUUGAAGUCAUUGUGGUGUUAGAGGAAAUAAUUAAUAUGUUGGAAGUUAUUUUCCUACUUGGUUUGGUUUUCGUUAAGCUUUUUUGUGAGAAAAAUCUUUGGCGUGCUGGAGUUGACGACGACACACCGACAACCUUCAGUAUGGCUGAGAGACUCCCAAUGCAAAUCGAGCAUAUGAAACAACUCAUUUGUAUUAGUGAUAAAACAUGUGUAGAACAACUUCGUAUGGACCGUAAUGCCUUUGGUCGUUUAUGUUAUUUGUUGGAACAUGUUGGUAAACUAGAGGGCACAAGAAAUGUUCAAAUUAAUGAACAUGUUGCCAUUUUUUUUAGUGUAUUGAGUCAUCAUAAGAAAAAUGUUGUGGUGAAAUAUGAUUUUAAUUGGUCUAGCCAAACGAUUAGCAAAUUGUUCCACAAUGGCUGUUUGGGAGCAUUAGAUGGAACUUAUAUUCUGGUGUUGGUCCCCCUGCAAAUUGCACGCCUGUUACAGAAAUAUGAAUGGUUCUAUUUUGGUAAAUGGCUAGGCGUUUGCAAUGUUGAAAUAAAUUUUCAUACGUCUUAUCUAGCUGGGAAGGGUCGGCUGCGGAUAGAAGAGUUCUACGAGACGCGGUCCGUCGUGUCGGUGGAUUGCGCAAACUCCAUGGAAUCUACUACUACCAUGGGACGCACUAGAAAUCCAAGCAAUACCCUCCACGUUUGGACAGUAGACGAGGAACGCGCAUUGAUCCUAGGAUUGAAAGAGGUAGUUGCGCGUGGUUGGAAAUGCGAUAACGGGUUCCGUUCGGAAACACUACGGACAACUUGCUGCCUUAUUGGUUGGGACAUCAGGAUUGGGUGGUCUGAAACUGGGCACAUGUUAGAAGUAGAUGAAGAGGUUUGGGAGAACUAUACGAAGGAGUUCCCCAAAGCAAAGUCGUUAAGAGGCAAAUCGUGGCCAUUCUAUUUUGAUUGGCUAAAAACAUUUGGAAAAAAUCGUUCCACCGGUGAGGGGAUACCGGUGAGUAUACACCGGCAACCGGGUCAUGGCCCGGUGGUGUUCGAGGUAUAUUCGAAGAUCCAAAAAAUGAUUUGCAAUCUUCCUUGGCGCAUGGGGGUUGAGAGCAGUGCCUCCGGUAAGGGUAACCUGACAAGCAAACGGAAAAGGCCUUCGGACUUGAGCGAACUAGUGGUCGGUUUGCUUUCAACCAAGUGUGACAAGACUGACGAACGUAUGUCAAAAUUGGUAGGCCAUAUUGGUUAUCAACAAGAACAACGAAAGCUUGUUUUUGAAGCUUUGGAAGCCAUUUCUUAUCUUAGUACGAAUCAAAAGGUGAUUGUCGGGAAAUAUUUCUGCAAGAACUGUGAUGAGCUUGACUUUUUCUUUACCUUGAACGACGAUGGUAACGCGUCAAUGGUUGGGAUGAUACUCGAUGGUACAAUUUAG